AUGUCUACCCCCACUGGUUCCCGCGGUGCUGUUGCUGCCGGCUCCUCCUCCUUGGCGCGUCGCUGUGAGCAGCAGGCCGCCAUUGACCAGCAGCGCGAGCAGCAGCUCAACAAGACCGCUGCCGAGGAGUGCCGCCUGCGUCGACUGAUGGAGCAGCACCCACCCAGGACGCCAGACCAUGGUGUGUUCGUGCUUCAAGCCGACGGGCGAGCCGGAGAGCCUGCGGAGCCCAUGCGCCAGUGGGACCCCCGUGGCCUCAUCGACCCCAUCUACAAGGGCAAACGCCGUCAGCGCGCUGUAGCGAAGAAAGCGGAGGAUCUGAAGGCCAAGCUGCUGAAGAAGCUGGACAGGGUUGCGAACAUGAACGAUGGGGUGGCCAACAUGAUCCGGGAGCUCAAGGAGGAGCUGGAGAAGGAUCACAAUGACCUACACCGGUUGAUCCUUAACCUCAACCUGCACUGGAGCAGUAUUGAGGACGAUAUUGGGCGUGAGUAUGGGUAUGAUGAUCCUACCGACGACCAGCUCAAGAUUCUUGGAUUGGCCUACACCGAUGCUGUGGAGGAGUGGGAUCGCGAGCGCUUUGGUGAUACGAAGAGGAGCAAUCCCAUGGCAAUCGUUUCAAAUACCGAAGCUUACUCUAUCGUAUUAAUGGGGUUCCCAGAUACAGUGGUCAAGAUAGAGGGUUCCCGAAAACCCAAGACAGAAGGCGACGACAGUGAUGUAUGA